CCAAUCGAUUUUCGUAGCCUCCGUUGCUGUUUAUCAGAGUUUACGGAUCGUAACGAAUGUAUAUGAUUAUUAUUUAUCUUUACACUAAUGAGAAGUAAUAACAUGUCGUUGCAGCUACAAUUCACAAUAUCCUAACUGUGGGCGACACUUUACGGAACUUCAUUCAUUGAUUACUCGGCUGUCCCCGAUAUUGCAUUAGAUUUACUGGCUCGUUUCUUGCUUCAGUACUGAUUUACCAAUUGAAAUAAUAUCCUGAACCAUUUUGUCUAUUGUAAGCUUACCGGUUAUUGUAUGUGACGGAAUUUACAUGGGUGAUACAUAAAAAUUGUGAGUGAAAAUCCAUCGGAUGUGAAAUAUAAACCAAGCGCAUUAUCUGUGAUAAUUUAGAGACUUUGAAAGGUAAAAUCAUUAGACAUAUAUUGAGUAACAGAUUGACCUAUUAUAUAAAGAAAGUGAAUAGGAAGAUUUGGAUUCAAGUGGAAACGAUGGAUGGAACACGCAAUACAAGUGGCUACGAUUAUUAUAACGAUGAGUACUACACAACGAAUGAUUCUUAUGACUAUGGUCUCAUGGCCCCAAUAAAACAACCAGAUUACUUAAUUGUUAUUUAUUCUUUAGCAUAUUCGAUUAUUUUUCUCACUGCUCUAAUAGGUAAUGGGUUGUUGGUCAUCCUGACUCUUAAACGCCGAUUUGUGAGCAAGAUAAACUAUUUUUUGGUGAAUUUGGCACUCUCUGGACUGUUGGUGGCCGUUGUAUGUAUACCAAUUACACUAUUGAGUAACUUAUAUAAUGGUUGGCCUUUUGGAGCUUUCUUGUGUAGAGCCACGCCUUACCUACAAGGAGUAUCUGUUUGCGCCUCAGUUAAUACUUUAGCGGCUAUAGCUAUUGAUAGGUAUCUUGCCAUUUGUCACUCUAUACGAUGGCGUACUACAACGAAAACAGCAAGGGUGACAGUAGUUACGAUAUGGGUAUUUUCUUGUCUGUUGAUGUUACCGUGGGCCAUCUUCUACGAAGAAUAUGAACAUAAAACCCCGCAUCAAGUGAUCAGAAUGUGUCAUCAAAUCUGGCCUGAUUUUGAGUCGCAGCGCGGAUAUUUUAUGGGUGCUAUAUUUAUCGGGUGUUAUGUGCUGCCCUUGAGUGUAGUCUUCCUGUGUUAUAUUUUUAUUGGAUUGAGGGUGUGGAACAGACAUGCUCCUGGUGUUGCCAAGGAUAACCAAUUGAUCAGGAGGUCAAAGAUCAAAGUGGUAAAAAUGUUAGCUGUUAUGGUACUUCUUUUUACGUUUUCAUGGAUGCCCUUGCAUGUCAUAUUUAUCAAACUCUACUAUUCGCCGCCUACCGAUUCUGAGACUAUGCAUUUUAUCUGGAAUGUCGCCGUUCCCAUAUCACAGUGGUUGGAACUUUCAAACAGUGGCAUCAAUCCUAUCAUUUAUUGUUUCUUCAGCAAGAAUUUCCGACGAGGUUUUAAGAACAUGUUGGCUUGUUUUGCAGCGAGAUCAAAACGUCAGAGGUCUCGUGGCUAUUCCAGCGUCACGAAAUAUAUGACAAUUGAGUACACAAAUGGAAAUGUCACUAUUUCAUUUCGUAAGGAAGGUCGAGAGGACAGUUCUUCUACUGUUUAAACUUAUCUUACAGGAAAAAUAUUCCAGACACUUCAGAUUAGGGAAAAUUAAUGUCAGCUAAUGUCAGCUAUUUAUCUCCAGAGAUUGUUUUGUGUUUACAUUUAUUAAAGCACUUUGUUAAAUGAAGCGCAUCUCCAUUGGGAUGUGUAGCUAUCAAUCACCCGUUUCUCUUAUAGAUGUUAAUGAUAUUUCGUCUGUCUGUGUACCAGUUGUGCCUCUAAAGUAAUUAGAUUAUUAUAAUAUACCAAAGACAUAUUGGAAAUGAUAAAAUUAGCGACACUCAUAUUGUCUGUCCUUUCCUGGGAAAUAAGUGACAACUAAAUCAUUAAUUCAGUUAUCAUUGUUUUCUUUUGCUUCAUGUAGACUUUUUAUAAGUAGGAGGAGAGUUUACUCCGCCUGUAACUUAUACAAUUCUUUGUUUGCCGGCAUGUUAGGGAGCUGAUAUACAUAUUCAUUGUUAACAAAACAUACAACCUAAAAACAUUCUCAAGAGGUCAGUAAAACAUGCGCGGAGAUGGUGCCUAACGAUCAGAAUGCUGAUCAGUUUAGUACGAUGUACUACUUAUGUUUAUUUUAUAUUACCGUUGAAUUAAAAAGUGGACUGUGAACACAUAUAAAAAGUAUAUAUUUUUGUAAAUCUUAUAAUUUAUG